GUUCAGCGAGCACACUCGUAUCGCUACCACAUCUGUCCACGUUUUCUGAGGGAGAACAUAUUAUAUGUUAUAUACGUGUGUUUGUGUCGUAAAUAUACAUAACACGAGCGAAAACGUCAGAGGGCUAACAGUUCCUGACUAUAACCGGAAGAAUGUCCACUGCGGUAGUUGGGGAUGCGAGUAGGAAAAAAUCUGUCGGGUUCACAAUAGACUCAAUCAUAGGUAAACACAAUGACAGGUGUGAAAAUAAUCGGACAUUGUCCGGACGACAAACUGACCGUUCCAAAGACAAAGUUCAGCACACAGUAGAUGAAAGACCGUCAUCGGGAUUCAGAGAAAAACAGGAGGCUAUUUUCGGCACCCGUCACAGACUAGAAGAAGAUGUCCGGUCGUCCGGAGAAGGUGAUUUCAGUAGGGACUCAUCCGUGCAUUCUUUUCACAUAACGGACAAACAUUUACACCAUCCUAGUAUGGAUAGCCUAAAACAUUUACACGACGUGUUGGCUCAGACCUCGGGGGCCACGGGGACCUACUUUCACCCACGGAUGUGUCGCCACCCGUUAUCCCCACUCAACAUCCACUCCGUGUAUCCCGGAAGUCCACAAGGUGGGCCUCUCAAUCCCCUCGUCAUCAACCCGGCAUCACGGGACGUCCGGAAUCUCCAUCCUUGGAUGACGGAUCGCUACUCAAACUACUUUUAUCCAAGGUACCCAGUUGCAGCAUCUCCGGGUUUCCUUUUCCAACCCUACCGAAAACCGAAGAGAAUCCGGACGGCAUUUUCACCAGCUCAGCUUCUGCAAUUAGAAAAAUCAUUUGAAAAAAGUCAUUAUGUGGUGGGCCAGGAACGGAAGGAUUUGGCAGGCGAACUACAACUUACAGAGACACAGGUCAAAGUUUGGUUUCAAAAUCGACGGACGAAACACAAACGAACAAAGGCGGAAGAAGGCGACGGGAAAGAUAGUGGCGAUUUCGGUGGAAGCGGAAAUAGAUGUUCUUCACCGGAAAUGAGUAGUGACAUAAGUGAUGAUAUGGACUUGGACGUUUCUGAUGACGAAAUGCGCAUGAUGUCGGCACGUCAUCAUGAGAGUUUCUAAUAGACAUAAUUUAAUGUUUCCGUUGUAUUAAAAUUUAUUUAUUUCAUAAUUACGCCACAUUGAACAUUAUAUUGGUACUAGGUACCGAUGAGAUGUUUCUCGCGAGAACUACAAUGUAUGCUGAUAAUUGAAGCUCCGUCAAGUUUCAGCUGAGUUUUCAAAAAACGACCAAAUAGCUUAUUGUGUUUGUUGAUUUGUUAGCAUGGUAAAAUUGCAUGUUUUUAUAACGAAACUAAAAAACGUCGGUAUGAAAAUAUUGUCACUGAUUAUCAGUUUGGUAUAAAAUUCGAUAUGAAAUUUUGUUUUAAUAUGAUUACUCAGAGGGAGUCAUACCGGUUAAUGAUCGUUGUAAACAGGUUUAUUGUAGUAUUAUGGUUAAAAAAUGUUCACGAGGUUUAAAAAUUGGUCGGUUAAAGAGAAUACGAUAAAUCACGUGGUAUCAUCUCCCACAUUAUAAGUGUUUAUGUGCUGUUAACAGCGUCCUGACAACUGUAACACAUUUCUUAUGUUUGCGCAAUCUUGUUUAAGAGAGCUGUCUUACGACUGCGAUACUCGGUUUUGCCAUAUGUUUGAUGUUACUAAAGCUGCCAUAAGGUCGUAAAACAUGAACUGGAUAUAUAUACAUAUAUGUACAGGUGUAUAUGAUUUCCUUUCGACAUGAGCUAGAAGUGAGGACGCAGACUACUAUAAUGUAAAAAAGUGCGAUUAGAACUGCAAUCUUCGACAUUAAAUUUGCAGUUAAAAUGAAAACGGAAAUGAAGAGUGUGUCGCGAAUCACUUUACAGUUUGUUUACACAAUUUUUAAUUUUCAGUCAUUUUGAUGAAUUUUUAUGAUACUCAUGCUUAUUUCCCCCCUCCCCCCUCCCCUUUUCAGCGUCAUGGAAAACCCAACAACUUACACCCUCUCUCCCCGGAAAAGCGCGACAUAUUUGCUCUCUAGUGAAAUUUCAUAUUUUGACAAUUACAUUUGAGCUAAAAAUGUAUUUAUGUUAUUCGUACGGGGUACUUUAAUACCGGGGAAUCGUCUAACUUAACUAUUACUGUACACCAAGUGUAUAUAACUUAAGUGUUUUGGUAAAAAUAGCCACAACAAUCACUCCGUGACAUACAUACAAGAACGAAUUAGUACAAAUUGUUUUAGUUCAUUUUUUAUUCAAAAUGACGGAAUGAAAUAAUGUGGAUGAUGGAGGGUAUGGGGGAAUGUCUAGCUACGCCACUGCCGACGGACGAAACGUGCAUGGCAACGUCUCAUUAUUACAGCCAUUUACAAAAAAGUGUACGAUUUCGAGGUAUAAAUGUUUGAUGUGAUGAAGAGAAGACUUGUGAGUGAAAGGGAGCGAGGAAUGAAUGAGAAGGGAUGAGUACAAGGUAUUGUUACAAUGCCUCCUAUAUUGUAUUAUACAACAGCAUAUCACCGCCAUGACAACGCAAUUUUCGUUCAGCCAUUGUUUUGAGUAAAUUAAUGGAUAUGUUAUAAAUAAAGGGUAUAUCACAAUCGA